AUGGGGCUGCCGGAGGAAGAGAGGAAGCCAUCAGACAUCACCGUCUUUGCGGAAGGUAGCACGCUACAUGGCGUGAGCCACAUCUUCCUGCCGGGCGGUGUGACCCUGCGCCGGUUGCUGUGGCUGCUCGCCUUCCUGCUGUCACUGGCCUCCUUCCUUUACCAGGUGGCCGACCGUGUGGACUACUAUAUCCAGUACCACCAUGUCACCACCCUGGACGAGUUGGACAGCUCCAACAUGGUGUUCCCCGCCAUCACCCUCUGCAAUCAGAACAGCUUCCGCAAGUCUCGCCUAGACCAGAACGAUGUGUACUGGCUGGGCUCCUUGCUGGGGGUCCAGCCAUCUGACUUCUCUGCUUUCCUGCAAGCCAUCGGGCAGGACUCCGACCUGUCCCGCUUCCUCCCCACCAGGACGUAUGACAUGACUGAGCUCUUCGACCGGGCAGGACACGACAUUUCUGAUAUGCUGCUCGACUGCAAGUACCGCGGUGAAGAGUGCACAAUCGAGGAUUUCACCGCAAUUUUCACUCGGUACGGGAAGUGCUACACCUUUAACUCAGGGAAGGAGGGUUAUCCUCUCCUCACCACGAUGAAGGGCGGCACCGGCAAUGGCCUAGAGCUGAUGCUGGACAUCCAGCAGGACGAAUACCUGCCCGUGUGGGACAAGACCGAGGAAACGUCCUUCGAGGCUGGCCUGAAGAUCCAGAUCCACACGCAGGAUGAGCCUCCCUACAUCCAUGAACUUGGCUUCGGGGUAGCACCAGGCUUCCAGACCUUCGUCUCCACCCAAGAGCAGCGGAUACUCUACCUUCCACCUCCAUGGGGCGACUGCAGAGCAACCUCUCUGAAUUCUGGUUUCUUCAGCACCUACAGUAUCACGGCAUGCAGGAUCGACUGUGAGACGCGGUACCUCGUGGAGAACUGUAACUGUCGCAUGGUACAUAUGCCAGGUAAUGCAGAUGUCUGCACUCCCGAACAGUACAAGAAUUGUGCUGAUCCAGCUCUAGAGUUUCUAGUGGAACAGGACAGUAAAUAUUGCCUGUGUGAGACCCCAUGUAAUGUGACACGAUUUGGGAAGGAGAUUUCCAUGGUGAAGAUACCCAGCAAAGCCUCCGCAAAAUUUCUCGCCAAAAAAUUUAAUAAAACAGAGCAAUACAUAGCAGAGAACAUACUGGUUUUGGAUAUUUUCUUCGAGGCCCUUAACUACGAGACCAUCGAACAGAAGAAAGCUUAUGAGAUGGCUGGGCUGCUGGGUGAGUGUUCCUAUUCCUGCACUUAAUCCAUCACCUCCCUGGGACUGCUGGGUGAACCCUUAAACAUAGUUCUGGGGUCUCUGCUUUUCCAGAUCCUACCUCCACUCCUGUCCCUCUUCCUAUUUAUGUCCAUCAGUGAUAUCGGUGGUCAGAUGGGCUUGUUCAUUGGAGCCAGUAUUUUAACCAUUCUGGAAAUUAUUGACUAUUUAUAUGAGGUUUUAAAGGACAAAAUGUCGAGUUACGUGAACCGCAGGAAAAGGCCAAAGAGGAGCCACUCUGACAACCUGAGUACCUGCGACACGCUGCGGAGCCACUCAGACAGUCUGGGCUUCACCCCCAACGUGCUACCCCGCCACCACACCCUGGGUAACUUUGAGGAGUUCGCCUGCUGACACCCUGGGAAAGAUGGUGGGUCAGUGG